AUGACUGUAACCAAGGACGUUGCAAUUCCCAAGGACUCGCUGGUCCUCGUCACCGGCAUCACGGGCUUCAUCGGUUCCAACGUUGCCGAUCAGUUCCUGAACCACGGCUAUAGAGUUCGCGGCACGACCCGCGAUGCCGGCAAAGCAGCCUGGCUGAGCGCGCUCUUCGAGGAAAAGUACGGGAAGGGCCGUUUCGAGCUCGCCACGGUAGUGGACAUGGCCGCCGACGGGGCCUAUCUCGACGCUGUUAAAGGUGCGAGCGCCGUUGCGCACGUCGCAUCGGAUAUGUCCAUGGACUACAACCCGAACAACGUCAUCCCUUCGGUUGUCGCGGGUGCGCUCAGCGCUCUCAAAGCCGCGAUAGCCGAGCCUAGCGUCAAGCGGUUCAUUUACACUUCCUCUUCAUCUGCGGCCAAGAAGGCAAGCACUAGCAAGGAGGUCACUGUGGUUACCCAGGAGACUUGGAACGACGAAGCCAUCACCGCGGCGUGGGCCGAGCCGCCUUAUGAGCCCAGCCGUGCGUCGGCUGUCUACUCUGCUAGCAAGACAGCUGCAGAGAAGGAAACUUGGGCACUCUACCGCGAAGCUCAAAAGAGCCGCCCGGAUCUCAUCAUGAACACCGUCCUGCCCAAUGUCAACUUUGGCCCAAGCCUCAACCCGGAGGUGCAGGGUCAUCCUAGCACCUCAUACUACCCGGUGCUGGCGUGGAAGGGAGACCGCGCAUCGAUCGAGCCGCUACUUCCCCAGUACUUUGUCAACGUUCAAGACACCGCCCGGCUUCACGUUGCUGCUGCGAUCCUACCAGAGGUAAAAAAUGAACGCAUCUUCGCUUAUGCGGGGAGGUUCAACUGGGACACCGUGCUGGAUAUCCUGAGGAAGCACAACCCGGAACGCGAGUUUCUCUCCAACUUCCAUGGCGGACAGGACUCCAACGUGAUUCAGCCCGCCGCUCGGGCCGAAGAGUUGCUUCGCCAGAUUGGAAGGGCCGGAUGGACUUCACUCGAAGAUUCCAUCGUGGCAAACACGGCAGACCUCCACGAUUAA